AUGGCUGGCCCGGGGCGCGCACGCGGGGGCCGCCCGCGGCCGGCGCUGCUGCUGCUGCUGCUGCAUCUGUGGUGGCCCCCGGUCGCCGGCGCUGCGGGCGCGCGCUGGAGCGGGCCGGGCACCACCCCGCACCUGCAGAGCAUCUUCCUGGGCCGCUGCGCCGAGCAGAUCGUGCUGCAGAACCCGGAGCUGCGGGACAAGAACUGCACAGCCAUCUGGGAAGCCUUUAAAGUGGUGCUGGAUAAGGAUCCCUGUUCUGUGCGCCCCUCGGAUUAUGACCUUUUUAUUAACCUCUCCAGACACUCCAUUCCCAGAGACAAGUCCCUGUUCUGGGAAAACAACCACCUCCUCGUCACCAGCUAUGCAGAGAACGGCCACCGCGUUGUGCCGCUCUGCAACGUUCUGUACGGCAGGCUCGGAGAUUUCUUGACCUGGUGUCGACAGACAAACGCCUCAGGACUCGACUACCAAUCCUGUCCAACAUCAGAAGAUUGUGAAAACAACCCUGUGGAUUCUUUCUGGAGAAGCGCAUCCAUCCAGUAUGCAAGAGAUAGUUCUGGGGUGAUCAACAUCAUGCUAAAUGGCUCAGAGCCAGCAGGAGCCUAUCCUGUAAAAGGUUUUUUUGCAGAUUUUGAAAUUCCCUACCUACAGAAGGAUAAAAUCACACGAAUUGAGAUCUGGGUGAUGCAUGAAAUCAGAGGACCCAAGGUGGAAUCCUGUGGAGAAGGCAGCGUGAAGCUCCUGGAAGACAGGCUGGACAAGAUGGGUUUCCAGUACAGCUGUAUCAAUGACUACCUACCAGUGAAGCUCCUACAGUGUCUGGAACACAGCACUCAUCCUGACUGUGCCUUAAGUUCGGCAGCAGCAUCUACUCAAAGGGAAGCCUUUUUUGCAGAACAAGGUGCCUACUUCAUCUUUCCUCUCUUAGCAGCUUUCACUUCAGUUGCUCAGAUGUAACUAGAAACUCAGUUUUGCUGCCCUAAGUGGCCCGCAGACCUGCCCUUGCCCAGUCAUCCUUGUUCUGUAUACACCAAGUGGUUCCGUUGUCUAAAGAAGCUUCCUGCUGGGAGAGCAAUGUUCUGAAAUGAUUGUGAGUGAUAUACAGGAUUUCGGCAAUAUCUAGUUCUAUUUAGCUGGUUAAAAGCAACUGCAUUAGAGCAAAGUUAGUUAUUAUUUUCUUGUUUUCAUAAUACAACGCACCGAGACACAGACUUUUACGUAAGCAAACAUUUUAAGAAAAUUUUAGUACAACUGUGUAUAUAUUUUCAUAUAUUCUUAUACCACCAGCAGGGCAUACUGCCUGUUUGUUGAAUCUUCAUAUUCAAAGAUGUUUGGCAGGCAAAGAGCUAUGUAUGAAGAUGUCCAUUUAAUGGUUAUUUAUAAUGAGGGGGAACUAAAAAUUCUAAUAAUAGGGAACUCUUUGCAUAUGGUUUAGUAUAUCUGUAGGAUGGGAUAUCAUUCAAAUAGGAAAAGUCAUGCUUAUCAGUCCAGCUGUCCUUCAUCCAGUGAAUGGAGGUGCUAACCUUGUACAGUGGAAUACUACACAGCAAUAAAAAGUGACCAGCUAUGGAUAAAUGAAGCUGUGUGAGUCAGUCUCAAUUGCAUUGUGCCAAGUGAAAGAAGCCAGACCAAAAGGCUACGUACUAUAUAAUUCUAUUUACAGGACAUUCUGAAAAAAGCAAAAUUAUAGGAAUGGAGUACUUUUCAGCCUCAGCGUUAAGACAGGAGAAGGCAGUAACUAAAAAGGAGCCCUGCAGGGGCUUUCAUGGGCGUGACAGAUGGUUCUGGGUCUUGCCUGUGGUGGUGGUAACAGGAAUCUAUGUGUUUGUCAACUCUCCUUCCAGUUUUUUUCAGAAUUGCCUGCAAAGGAGUCAUUUCAUUGUAUAUAAACUAUUUUCAAAGAACAUUUCAUGCCAUAUAAAAAAUGUCAAUGAUAAGUAUAAGACGUAGGGCAUAAAAUUGUUUCUCAUAUGAUCCAUUUGUCAAAUAAAAUACAAAUGUAACACA